AUGACAUCACAGUUACCUCCCCCUGGUUCCACCUACACCUUCACAGUGAGUUCCCGGGACAGUCACAGUUACAGAUGUAGAGCGAGAGAAAGUCAGGGUCUGGAGUCCGAGUGGAGCCAGGUGUACAACAUGGAGCCACAAUACGGUCCCUACCAGAUCUCCCUGAACCCCUUCAACUCCUCCUACACUGUGAGAGAACACCAGGCUCUUCCAUCUAUCAAUUGCUCCGCCCUCUGUAGACCCGGAUGUACCUACAGGUGGUUACACAAUGGAACAGCCUUCAGCAGUGGAGCCAUGCUCCAGGGACAAGCUGACAGAUCCAACACAGGCUCCUACAGAUACCCAGCCACCAUAAGCAGUUUUACCGUCAACUCUCACAGUGGCUCAGUGACAGUUAACAUGUCUGACCCAGCUACCUUGAGCUGCAAGGUUGACAGUAAUCCAUGGUCAGUCAUCAGGUUACUGAAUGGAACUGAGGAGUUGACAAGGGCAGAUAACUCCCUGACAGCAACAUAUAGACAGGAGUCAGCAGACUGUAGACAAAGAGGGAACUUCUCCUGUACUGCCACCAACAACAUCGGGGGCACCUGUCACCCAGAGGGUGGAGUUGCUGGUUCUCCUCGACUUGAUGACUCAGUGUCUCAGCAACUCAAGUUCGCCGCUACACUGGGUGGUGACGUGACUGUGUCCGUGUCAGUCCUGGCCUACCCCCUUCCUACAUUCACCUGGAGGAGAUCCAUCAGCACCAGCCAGGACCUCACUGGUUCCUCCAGCCCUGUCUCAGACAUCUCAGUCACUGCCAGACUACACCUUACUAACCUCCAGCAACAGGACUUUGGGGACUAUAAUCUGACAGUGGACAAUGGUGUGGGCGGGUCAGUGACAUACACUGUCAGCAUAGUGACUGAAGGGCGCGGCCGACUCUGA